AUGAAACUCGUAAGCAAGUUGCUUAACACGUGGGCCUCCGAUAGCAUUAAGAUCGAGAUUGAAGAUUGUCCAGACGCCAGGGAGGCCUAUGAUCUCAUCAAGAAACGAUACGCAGUCACCCAUGAGCGUGCACGCGACAACCCUCUGAAUCAACUGAAUGAACUCAAACUUAAAGACUAUUCAUCCGUGACCGAGUACACCAGCAAAGUGCGCCAGAUCAAAGCCGACCUCAAGACUGUCAAAUAUGAGAUGACUGACGAUAUGUUUGCGACUGCUCUGCUCCACGGCCUUCCUCCCAACUAUCGUGGCUUCAAAGAAAAAUAUGACUGGAUCCGCUCGACCAAACCCGACGAUCCUCCCGACUUAGACUACCUCUAUGAACGCCUGCAUGUCGAAGAGGCCAGACAACUCGCUAAGGAUGCGAACGGCAACAAUAGUAUCUUCAGCGCCACUAGUUACAACAACAGCCAAAAGUUAAAGCAUAACGACAAAAGUCAUUUAAAAUGCACCUAUCCUGAUUGUGGCAAGACCGGUCAUAUCGAAGAAAAUUGCUGGACUAAGAAUCCUGACAAAAUGCCCCGUUCACUCAAGGACAAAUUCACUAUUGACAAGCCUAUCAACGACACCGAUGGUAUAGGUGGCGUUGCGGAAUCUAACCUCACCACGCCCGAAAAUGCCUACAGUCGUGCCAACUCGCUAGACGCGUAG